AUGCCUCAACAACAACACAAAUCUAAGCCCUUUAAAGAAGCUGCAAUACAGCUUGCGCUUCAGGCAGUUAAACAAGACGCGACGCUCACUCUGCGACGCGCUGCAGCUAUAUAUAACGCGCCUUACAACACGCUACGCAAUCGAUACGCAGGACGCACUGCACGAGCCAAUUGCACGCCAAAAUCACGGAAUAUGGAUCAGACUAAGGAGGAUGACGUAGUUGUUAAGCAUAUACUUGAGCUAGUCACCCGAGGAUUUCCCCCCAGGCUUGCAGCUGUGGCUGAUAUGGCCAAUUCUUUGCGCGCAGAGCGCAAUAUAGGCCAAGUUGGCUCAAACUGGCCCAGUACGUUUGUUAAAGGCCGCCCUGAGCUCACAAUAAAGUUUAAUUGUAAAUAUAACUAUAAGAGAGCCCUCUGUAAGGAUCCUAAGAUUAUACAAGGCUAGUUUAGCCUAGCAGCUAACAUUAAAGCUAAGUAUAGUAUCCUAGAUAAAGAUAUGUUUAACUUUAACAAGGCU